AGGAGGGGAGGGGCCUUUGAAGACUUGGCUUUCUCAAUAUCAGCAGCAGAACACUCCGUAGCUGCCACUGCAGUGCUUUUUCCUUGGGUUUAAACGAGAGGGGAAAAAAAAAGUAUAUUGUUAUGAUUUUUACAGUUCAGCUGGAGGAUUAUGUCGUAGAAACAGAAGGGCGGCAACCUAGUAUGGUGCUGCUAUUGUAGUCAUAUUCAGCAAGUAGGAGAAAAUGCUCUGAUAUUCUCUGCUGAAGGUCAGCUUGAUCAAACUUCCUGCAGGUGUGGAUACGGAGGAUGCAGCAUUUUUCAAGUCACCUGGCGAGUAAAAUUCCUCAGAUGCACCUAACCCACAAAUAUUUAAAAUUGGUUAAAAGUGUAUGAGACCACUUGACUAAAGGAAGAAAACAUCUGUUGCAGAUAAAGGACUACAGUACAUUGAAAGGGUUAAAAGAAAUGACUGUGUGAGCUACAGAGUGAACAAAAUGGCAUCCCGCAGCCAUAGCUAUCUUCAUCGAGCCCUCAUAGCACCACGCUGGGUAUCAGAUGGGGCUCUGAGUGGAAUAGCUGAAAUCACCUCUUUCCUCUACCUUGGUCGUGGCAGUGUGGCUUCAAAUCGGACAUUACUUUUUGCAAGAGGCAUCACCUGCAUUGUCAAUGCAACUAUUGAGAUUCCAAAUUUCAACUGGCCACAGUUUGAAUAUGUGAAAGUACCUCUGGCAGAUAUGCCACAUGCUCCAAUAUCCUUAUAUUUUGAUAGUGUGGCUGACAAGAUCCAUAGCAUAGCCAGAAAACAUGGUGCUACUCUUGUGCAUUGUGCAGCCGGUGUAAGUCGUUCAGCAUCUCUAUGCAUUGCUUACCUGAUGAAAUACCACAAGGUGUCCCUACUAGAGGCUUACAACUGGGUAAAAACGAGAAGGCCUAUUAUAAGGCCUAACGUUGGCUUUUGGAGGCAGCUGAUAGACUAUGAACGCAAACUUUUUGGGAAAUGCACUGUUAAGUUGGUACACACACCCUAUGGUGUAAUUCCAGACAUAUAUGCAAAAGAGAGAAGAAACCUAAUGCCUUACUGGGGAAUUUAGAUGCAGAAUUAUCUAACAACAAAAAAUCAAAUAUAAAAUUAAAAUAAGUCUUUUAGGUCAUAAACUGGCCCAUUAUCUUUAAAGGGACAUCAAACUCAAAAUGUAUAUUUCAUGAUUCAGAUAGAACAUACCAUUUUAAAUAACGUUCCAAAUUACUUCUAUUAUCAAAUUGUUUUUAUCCUUUGCUGAAAAAGGAAGAAAAGUUCAGGAGUGUGCACGUGUUUGCAGCACUAUUAGGUAGCAGUAUUGCAAUAAUGUUAUACAUUAGCAAGAGCACUAAAUAGCAGCACCAUUUCCUGUCAAUGUGCUAAACACAUGUGCACGCAACCUAUCUGGAUAUCUUUUAAACAAAGAAUAACAUGAGAAUGAUGUAAAUUUGAUAAUAGAAGUAAAAAAAAUUGUAUUCUCUAUCUGAAUCAUGAACGAAAAAUGUGUUUCAUGUCCCUUUAAAGUUUAAUCCAUGUUAUUGUUACCAUAAGCUGCAAAACAUACCACUUAAUAAUGUUUUAUAAUUCUACUCCAAAGAAGUAACUAUCAGUGCUAAACAAUUAAAAGGUAUCUAUAACUGUAAGAUGUUCAGUUUCUUAAGGUUUUAGGAGCCAAUCAAAAUUGUGAAUGUUGAGAGACAAGGUUCCUAUAUCUGCUACCAGAUGAAAUAUUUGGAAUACUUAAUGCAAUUUAAUUUUUGCUUAUAAUAUUUUUAUUUUUUUAAGGUCAUGAAUAGAAUUAUUAGAAAUACCUACUCAUAUUUAAAAAAAAUAAAAAAAUAGUUCAAACUAUUAAAUUGUAGAAAACAACUUUCAUUAGAAUAAAAAAGCUACUUUAGGAAUUGUCUGCAAGUUGAAUUAUAUAUUUGAACACUGCUAUAAAAUGUAGUCAGAUGUGUACUUCUAAACGUUUUAUUUAGAAGAACAGAAUGUAUGUAGAAUUCAUAUUUUGAAAAUAUAGUUCAACAUUUAGUUAAUCUCUCUAUAAAAACAUUGAGUUUUGGGAACUUGAAAUGUCCACAAUCACCAAGUUGCUUGAAUAAAAAAAUUAAAAAAGACAGAACUCACUGGAAUUUUGGUAUAUAAAAUGUAGCAUUUAUUUGACGCAGCGCUCAAAAUGUAUUUUUUUUAAUGCAUUUAUCUAUGUAUAUAUUUAAAAUUAUAUAUAUAUAUAUAUAUAUAUAUAUAUAUAUAUAUAUAUAUAUAUACACACACACACUCACUUCAUUAAGGGCCAGUGAGGAACCCUCAGUUUCCUGAUAUAUGACCAAAUCUCUCAUCUACUGCAAUAAAAGGGAAAAAUAGCCCAAUAGUAUCUAUUGCAGAGAGGUUGGAGUGAGAUGAGGCAAUUAGGAAAAGCAGGAAUACGUAGAACACUGCUUAAAGGGACACUAAACCCAACUUUUUUAUUUAAUGAUUCAGAUAGAGCAUGCAAUUUUAGGCAACUUUCUAAUUUACUCCUUUUAUCAUUUUUUUUUCAUUCUCUUGCUAUCUUUAUUUAGAAAUCAGGAAAGUAAAGCUUAAAAGCCGGCCCAUUUUUGGUUCAGUACCUGGGUUAUGCUUGCUUAUUGGUUUGCUAAAUGUAGCCACCAAUAAACAAGCGGUAUCCAGGGUGCUGAACCGAAAAUGGGCCAGCUCUUAAGCUUAACAUUCCUACUUUUUAACCCCUUGAGUGCCAACGACGGCUCUGAGCCGUGGCAGAGUUUCCCACUCAGGUGCUAACCACGGCUCAGAGUCGUCGCUAGCACUCUCCCAACUUGAGGGAGAUCUGGGGGCUCCCAGUUGCUCCUACGCCGGCGAUCGGGCCUGUAUAGUGGGCUUCACGUUUUGCGUGGUGACAUCACGGGCAAUGACGUGAUGUCACCGCGCAACUUUAUUAACAAAAUACAAUGACAAGUAUAGGAAAAUUGGGCAUGCUGCUUAGAAGCCUGUAUCUCAGGCAUCUAAGCAGCUACAGACCCCGUUGGAAAGGUAAUCGCCUAACCUUUCCAGCAGUAUAAGUCUUGGGGAUCUGGGGGGGGGGGGGAAAGUUGGGGGGGAAAAAGUUGGGGGAAAAAUAUUUUUAAAAAAUUAAAAAACCCUCAGAUCAGCUUAGCACCCAGGUGGGAAAGUGCUUAGCACUCAGAGGGUUAAAUAACGAUAGCAAGAGAACGGAAACAAAUGGAUAGUAGGGGUAAAUUAGAAAGUUGCUUAAAAUUGCAUGCUCUAUCUGAAUCAUGAAAGAAAAGGUUGGGUUUAGUAUUUGUUUAAGUGACAAAAUCUUAGUAAACUAUUUGUACAAAGUUAUUCAUCUGCAUUUAUGCAUAGCAGCCACCUGUGGGUCUGAAUUGGAAUGGCAGCAGUAGAAAGCAAUAGCAAGCAGUGAAAAUGCCGCCCAGACUAAAAAAAAAAACAAGUUUCUGCACAAAGAAUAGAUACAGAUUAUUACCUGAAAUAAAACCUUGCAGGAAAAUAAUAGGUCAUACUAUAAUCACAGGGUUAGGGAUUAAGUGGAAUCCAUAAACCCAUAAAGGAACCUAAUACUCAUAUGCUAAAUCACUUGAAACUGAUGCAGUAUAACUGUAAAAAGUUGACAAGAAAAUAUCACCUGAACAUCACUAAGUAAAAAAGGAAGAUAUUUUACCUCAAAAUGUAUCCGGCUCACCAGAGUAAGUGCUAUGUAAACAAUUAUACUUCAACUGCUGUCCAACUGCAAGUUGAAAAAUACAAAAACAAAUUCCACUCAGCAUCAGUAGUGCUGAGGUAAUGUUUUGCCUUUGCUGUGAUCUCAUGAGAUUUCAUAGAAUUUACAUAAACUGAAUAGGAGAAUAACAUGACUGUGCCUACAUAUGACAGAUGCACACUCCGUAGCUUGUCCUGGGACAAGCAUCAUGACUGGGUGCUUAAAGUUUCUUUACAAUGGGGUGUAAAUACUUAGGAAAUUUGAGGUAAAAUAUAUUCCUUUUUUACAUAGAGAUGUUCAGGUGAUAUUUCUAGUCCGCUUUUUACAGCUAUACUGCAUCACUUUCAUGUGCUUCAACAUUUGGGUAUCAUGUCCCUAUAAAUAGUUGGGAAACAUAACCAAGGAUGUAUAUGGAGCAAUGCUAACGUAUUUAAGGAUCACAAAACAAGUAGGGUGUGCAGCCUUUUAUAAAUGAUCAAGCAAGGGAAACGUUCUAAAACACUACUGAUUGUUUCUGAAAGGAAAAUGUUGUCAAAUGUUAAAUCCAAUAACCCCUGGAAGCAUACACAAGAGAACAGUUAUGUGUAAGGGGCCUGCCUGACAGCAGGCACAAUCUGGCCCCAGGAAACACAGAUGGUGGACAGGAGUGACCAGAUACAUAUAGUCACAGCAUACUUUCUUCUUCUAUACAAAUAAUUCAGGAUAAAACAUAAGUACAGAACUCAAGCUGGGGUAGAGACUAAUGAUUCUGGGAAGUUUUGACUCCAAUAGGCAGACAGUUAUAUAACAAUAGUUCCUGGAUAUAUUGUGAGUGGCAUUGUGGUAUUAAAGUAAUAUGAAACCCAACAUUUUUCAUGAGUUAGAUAGAGCAAGUCAUUUUAAACAUUUUUCCACUUUACUUAUAUUAUCUAAUUUGAUUCAUUCCCUUUGUAUCCUAGCUGAAAGUCAAUCAGAUGAGGCAAAUAUGUGCAGCCAACAAUCAGCAGCUGUGUUCUAAACCUAACUAGGUAUUCAUUUCAACAAAUAAAAGAGAAUUAAACAAAUUAGAGAAUCCUAAUACAUUGAAAAGUUGUUUAAAAUUGCAUGCUUUAUCUGAAUAUUGAAAGAAAAAAAAUGGGUUUAAUGUCCCAUUUAAAUGUUUCUGCUGUUUUACUAGCUCAGAGACAACCACAACUUUGGGGGUUUAAAGAGCAUCCAGUGUCACUGCUAGUGUUUAGUGUCCCUUUAAGUUUUUGGAUAGUAACUAAGUACAUUUUAUAAGCAUAGUAUUGAGGUUAUGCACUACCUCCCUCUAAUCAUGGGUGCCGCCAUGUUGAAAUCUACCUUUCACUAUAUUGCAGUGCUUGCACAUGUGCAGUAACUCUUGGAUGCCUGUAGUAAAAUCUAGGUUCUAAUGGCAGCACUAAUAAUUAGAAGGAAAGAUGUGCAUCAAAUGUAUUUAGCGUUUAGUGUCCCUUAAAAGAAUGCGUUAGAUUCAGAGUUUUUAUGUUAAUGGGACAUAAAUGUGGUUACCAUAAAUAUAUUCACUCACACAGAGCUGUAGUUAAGGUAGUGGACCAGUAUAGCUGCUGCCUGUUGUAAUGGCAGCAGCUAUGUAAUGGCUUUCAGUUCAUAAAUGCGUAGCUUUAUUGAUAUGCGUAAAUACAUUUAUAAUGUAAUAUAUAAUGACUGAUUAGUUAAUGAUUGGUAAGGCAAACAAGAUGUAUCCUAGUAAUGUUUGUAAACAAAUACUAAAAGUUAUAAUCUUAAAGGGACACUGCACCCAAUUUUUUUAUUUUGUGAUUCAGAUAGAGCAUGCAAUUUUAAGCAACUUUCUAAUUUACUCCUAUUAUCAAUUUUUCUUCGUUCUCUUGCUAUCUUUAUUUGAAAAAGAAGGCAUCUAAGCUAUUUUUGGUUCAGCCUCUGGACAGCACUUUUUUUUAAAUUUAUCCACCAAUCACCAAGGACAACCCAGGUUGUUCAUCAAAAAUGGGCCGGCAUCUAAACUUUACAUUCUUGCAUUUCAAAUAAAGAUACCAAGAGAAUGAAGAAAAUUUGAUAAUAGGAUUAAAUUAGAAAGUUGCUUAAAAUUGCAUGCUCUAUCUGAAUCACAAAAGAAAAAAUUUGGGUACAGUGUCCCUUUAAUGUAAAUCAUAGUAUGUUAUAAUUUUUUGAUUGUAUGUUAUUGUGUAUAUCUAUUGUCUGUUAUUCCAUUAAAAUCUUUUGAACAAACAGAUCCAUAAAUUUGUUUAAUUUUUCUCUCUGAUUUACCUCAUGCUGUAGUGUUAACCUUUUUUUUCUGCAUCUCGAUCUGUUAAUUAAAUGCAACUGGUAACAAUGGCUCAUGUUUCUAAAAUUGUAAUGCAAACAAAUCUGAAAUGGAAGUUGUAUCAAUAUAACAUUUAAAAAAAAUGUAAUUGUAAAAAGUCAAACCUUUCAAUAAACAUUCUUACCCUA